AUGGAGUUUAGACUUAAACUAUCCAAGUCUAGCGAUGAAGAGGAUAUUAAUGAGAAGGACUAUAGGCGAAUGAUAGGAUGUCUCAGAUACAUACUGCAUAUGCGUCCUGAUCUUUCGUUCGCUGUCGGAAUCUCAAGCCGCUAUAUGCACAAUCCAAAGAGAUCACACUCAACAGCGCUGAAGCAGAUAUUGCGAUAUCUAAGAGGAACACUGAGCUAUGGAUUGUUCUUUAAACGAAUGGGGAAGUCAGAGCUUGUAGGGUACAAUGAUAGUAGCCACAACAUAUACGAAGAUGAUGGACGAAGCACCACUGGUCAUGUUUUCUAUCUCAAUUCAUGUCCAUUUAGUUGGUGUUCUAAAAAACAAGAGACAGUGGCUUUGUCAUCAUGUGAAGCUGAAUUCAUGGCUGCUACUAAAGCUGCAAAACAAUCUAUAUGGCUACAAGAGCUACUAGAGGAAGUCACCGGAGAAUCCUGCGGAAGAGUCAUGAUCAAAAUCGAUAAUAAGUCUGCAAUUUCUCUCACAAAAACCCCGGUUUUCCAUGGUAGAAGCAAGCAUAUACAUAAGCGGUAUCACUUCAUCAGAGAGUGUAGAAAAUGGACAAGUUGA